AUGAUUUGUUUAAAUAGAUUAUCUGUAUAUAUAAAUAGUAUUAAAGUAAAAGGUAGUAGUUGUAGAUUAUUUGAAAGAUGUAGUUUAGAAAGUAGAUCUAUUUUAUAUUCAUCAUAUUCAACUGGUGGUAAAUCAAAUGUCGUUGUAAAUAAAGGUGUAUUGUUAAAGUUGAGUAAAACAGAUAGACAACAUUUGUAUUCUUCAUCGCCAUCUGUAUCAUCUCAUAAAAGUAAAAUACCAAUUGAACAUGCUAAGAGAAAGUUUGAUAAUGAAGAGAAUGAACAAGAUGAAGAAGAAGAAGAAGAAGAGGAAGAUGAUGCUCAUAGUAGUAAUAGCAAUCAAUAUAAAUCAUAUGAUAAAUCAUGGUAUGAAUUGGAUGGUUUCGAAAAGUUGGAUGUCAUUCCAAGUGGAAUCAUAUCGUUAGACUACAGAUUGGGCAUCGGUGGUAUUCCAAAGAAUCAUAUUAUCGAGUUGUGUGGCGAGUCAUCCAGUGGUAAAUCUACGUUCGCACUACAUCUUAUUGCUCAACUUCAAGCAGCAGAUCCAACCGCUACAUGUUUGUUCAUAGAUACUGAGAACUCGUUCAGUUCGGGCUGGGCAUCGACGUUGGGUGUUGAUCAAUCGAGAGUAUUCAUAUCGCAACCAAAGUAUGCCGAGCAAGUCAUUGACAUUGUGAGUAAAUCACUUAAACAACAGUUCUUUGGCGUUGUUGUGAUCGACAGUCUCGCUGGACUGAUACCUCGUGAGCAACUCGAUAGUACCAACAUUGAAUCUGUCCAAUACAAAUGGUUAGAUGAAGCGUUACAACAACUAUCACACCUCGUUCGACAAUCAAACUGUUCAUUGGUGAUUACAAAUCAACUUAGAAAUUCAUUUAAAACACAUCAGCCAAAGAACAACAAUGAAAGUGGUAAUAAUAAUAAUAGUAAUGAUAAAUAUACCGAUAUUAAAUUAGAAUUGAAAAAAGAUAGAUAUCUCUUUGACAAACAAGAGAGAAUAGAUGGAUCGAAAACAUUGGUGGAGAUCAAAAAGAAUAGUUUAGAGAUUCAUUCUAAACUUCAAUCAAAGAGAUUACUUGGUAGAUUCACACCUUUCUUUGAUAUCAAAUUUGAUAAUGGUAUUUCAAAUAAUGAUGAAUUAGUAAAACUAGCUGAGUUGUUGAAUAUUAUCACUACUAGCAAUACUGUGAAGAAUAAGAAAGAUCUUGCUUUAGAGAAUUCUAUCAAGAAAAGUUUAGGGAUGCAUUAA